GGUGAUCCGGACUGACAGAUCAGAUCUGUCCACGUCAACACAGCGAGCGGCCGCCGUCAUGGACUCCACGUCUCCGGAACCGUCCCUCUACACCGUGAAGGCCGUCUUCAUCCUGGACAACGACGGGAACCGCCUCCUGUCCAAGUACUACGAUCCAGAUCUGUAUCCGUCCAUGAAGGAGCAGAAGAACUUUGAGUUGAACAUUUUCAACAAGACUCACAAAGCAGACAAUGAGAUUGCGUUCCUGGAGGGUCUGACCAUCGUCUAUAAGAGCAGCAUCGACGUCUUCUUCUACGUGGUGGGCAGCGCUCAGGAGAACGAGCUGAUGCUCAUGUCCGUCCUCAACUGUCUCUUCGAGUCCCUCAAUCAGAUCCUCAGGAAGAACGUGGAGCGGCGGGGACUGCUGGACAACAUGGACGGAGUGUUCCUGGUGGUGGACGAGAUCGUGGAUGGAGGGGUGGUCCUGGAGAGCGACCCGCAGCAAGUCCUGCAGAAGGUCAACUACAGGGCUGACGAGAACCCGCUAACGGAACAGAGCAUGGCCCAGCAUCUAACAGAGAAGCUGGCUCUGACCACCAACGUUCUGCAGUCGGCCAAGGAACAAAUCAAAUGGUCCAUCCUGAAGUAGAGGCGGAGCCACCUGCACGGGACUAGUACUGGACUAGUACUGGACUUAAUCAGCCAGCUGGGUUAGUUAACCAGCCCGGCGGGUUAGUUAACCAGCCUGCUUUGUUAGUUAACCAGCCCGCCGGGUUAGUUAACCAGCCUGCUUUGUUAGUUAAACAGGCUGCCGGGUUAGUUAACCAGCCCGCCGGGUUAGUUAACCAGCCUGCUUUGUUAGUUAACCAGCCCGCCGGGUUAGUUAACCAGCCUGCUUUGUUAGUUAAACAGGCUGCCGGGUUAGUUAACCAGCCUGCUGCUCCUCGAGUCACUCAUGUGGUUUUUCCUCACAUCUGGGAUUUAAUUUAUUCUGCUUCACACAUCAUAUUGAUUCUAUGCAGGACAAAGAGUCGGCGCGCACACACACACACACACACACACACACACACACACACACACACACACACACACACACACACACACACACACACACACACCUGUCCUGCAGAUGUUGUUUCUGAGUCUGAUCUGAUGAAAAUUCAAGUCAUCCUUCCAGAACACCUUAAACUCCUGACACUACUGGCUUCGCUCUGACUGUAAUGUUUUGUUGUGGAGCUCUUUGGUACGAGGCGUGGGUGGAGGUCUGACUGUUGUGGUGCUAGGUUUGUUAUAUGGUUGAAGGCUCUGAUGUGGUACUAGGUCUGACUGUUGGUCUGUGACGUGGUUGGGGGGGGUCUGACUUUUGGGAUGUGAGGUGGUGCCCGGUCUGACCGUUGGUCUGUGACGUGGUACCCGGUCUGACCUGUGACGUGGUCCCCGGUCUGACUGUUGGUCUGUGACGUGGUACCCGGUCUGACUGUUGGUCUGUGACGUGGUACCCGGUCUGACUGUUGGUCUGUGACGUGGUACCUGAUCUGACCGUUGGUCUGUGACGUGGUACCCGGUCUGACUGUUGGUCUGUGACGUGGUACCCGGUCUGACCUGUGACGUGGUCCCCGGUCUGACCGUUGGUCUGUGACGUGGUACCCGGUCUGACCUGUGACGUGGUCCCCGGUCUGACCGUUGGUCUGUGACGUGGUCCCCGGUCUGACCGUUGGUCUGUGACGUGGUACCCGGUCUGACCUGUGACGUGGUCCCCGGUCUGACUGUUGGUCUGUGACGUGGUCCCCGGUCUGACUGUUGGUCUGUGACGUGGUACCCGGUCUGACCUGUGACGUGGUCCCCGGUCUGACCGUUGGUCUGUGACGUGGUCCCCGGUCUGACCGUUGGUCUGUGACGUGGUCCCCGGUCUGACCGUUGGUCUGUGACGUGGUACCCGGUCUGACUGUUGGUCUGUGAUGACGGCUGCUCACUCGCUGCUGCUGCACUGAACUCGCUGCUUGUCGGGGAAAUGAGGCGUCUGGAGCUCAGACCAGGUGGAAAAGAAGGAUUCAGUGAUUCAGCAGCCGCAGCUUUGAAGAAAUCCUCUGUUUUACUGUUACGAUGGGAGUUCGACUCGUUCAGAGAUAUUUAAUAUUUUCUUAGAAGACAAAAAGAAAAUGCCAAAGACUAAUUAUUUUGUUUAUAUUUGUAUGAAGUUGAAACAAACAGGUGUUUUUCUGUCUGGUGUUGACUGAUAAUAAAAGUUAAAUGUUCUCA